AUGUUGCGUUUGCAAGCGGAGGUUGCCACGACAAAGUCGAAGGUAUUGAAUUCCACAGCCGUUCCAAAGGUCGCCGAACCGGAAUUUCGGUAUCAAGGCAACAAGAAACAGUACAAACUGAAUAAGAACGUCCUUGAGCACGUAGAUCGAGCACUCGCCAGUCGUGAUUUGGGGGAGAUAUCCGCAGAACUAUCCCAAGGGAAGUUUAUCGUUCCUGAUGGAAGGGUAGCAGCAUUUAAGGAUAUGCUCCAACAUGUUCUGGAUUGUCAAUUUGUCGUAUCUGCUCGUCAUAUAGCUAGGCUUACUGGUUCUCUCUCUUCUAUGGGACUUGCUCUUGGCCCUGUUGUGCGCCUGUGGACCAGAGAGUUGUACAGAGCGGUUCAAGAAUCCUCAUCUUGGGAUAAGAAAUUCCAACUAGAGGAAGAUGCUAGAAAUGAGGUUAUGUUUUGGCACAGCAAUUUUGAAAACGGUGGUCAGCCUAUCUGGUCAGCAUCUCCGAAGGUCGAAGUACUGACUUAUUCUGACGCAAGUGACGUCGCUUGGGGCGGAUAUGCUGUGGAACUUGGAGACCAGAAGGCAGUAGGAAGUUGGUCCAAGGAGGAAAGUGUAAGGAGCUCAACAUUUCGUGAACUUAGAGCAGCUCGGCUGGUCCUGGCUUCAUUAGCAUCACAACUCGCCGGCAAGGAAGUGAGGCACAGAACUGAUAACCAAGGAGCUGAGAGGAUCAUGACUGUCGGGAGUCGGAAUCAAGACCUGCAUAUGGAGGCUGUGUUGAUCUACCAGAUAUGUAGGCAGCAUAACAUACGGCUGACGGUAGAGUGGGGGAGUCGAGAUUGGAAUGACACUGCUGACGGAUUGUCCCGAUUGGACGAUCCGGAUGACUAUAUGCUGGAUCCCUCCUGUUUUUGGGUUGUUGACAAGCUCUGGGGGCCUCACACAGUGGAUCGUUUUGCCAGUAACAAGACUAAGCAGCUACCACGUUUUUCCAGCCGAUACUUGAAUCCGGGUUGUGAGUCAACCGAUGCUUUUACGGUAUCAUGGACCAACGAGAAUAACUGGAUCUUCCCACCACCUUACCUUAUUCCACGUGUCCUUCGCCACAUGCACAUUGGGAAAGAAGUUGGAACUUUACUAAUGCCAUAUUGCCCUUCAGCACCUUGGUGGCCUUUGCUCGUCGACAAGAGUGGUAGCUGGAAAGCGUUUGUGAAAGGCAGCCUAAGAAUUCCCACUUUCGAUGGAGUAUUUGUUGCAGGCUCAGCAUCUAGCAGUACAUUUGCAGACGGUGUUCCCCAAUACCAGAUAUGGGGACUGAGAGUAGACUUUCCCUGA